GAAGUUUCUAACUGUGUGUUUGCCAAGCGGACUAAAAACACAACUCAGACUGCUCAGUGCUUGAGGACCUCUUACUUCCUCUAAUCUCUGACUGGUCGUGAGAGCUUGCAGGAUUAAAACAUAUGAUAAGAAGCGAGGUGUAAACUUAGCACAAAGCUGUCAGUCUCAUUCUGACUCUGGACGAUAAAGACUCAAACAGCGUUUUACUAUCAGCCCGCUUUUUCUCCACGCUCUGCUGAUCCUAUUUCUGCUCAUCAUGUAUGAAAUAACCAAGAAACUCUACUGGAAGACCUGGGAUGGAUCUCUUCCGGGAGGAGCUGUGGGUAUUCACACAAAAAACGGGACCCAAUAUGUGAGCAGACCCACAAGUCGAGGUGAAUGUGGUUACUACAAUCCAAACAAAGGACCCUAUUGCUACUAUCCAUUCGAUCGCAAAGAGUGGAAGGAUGGCUCAUUUGAAAUCUUCGUCAAUGAAGAUGAUUUUGAAGAUCUUGUUUGGAGGGAUGCUUCUAAUGGUUCAGUACCUGAAAAUGCAGUUCAGUCUGCUUAUUCCCCUGAAAUUUAUGUAGGGAGGAACAAGGAUGGCCUGGGAAAAGUGAGACCAGAGCUUCAAUCUUUUUAUUUACCCUGGGAAGGUAAAGAAUAUCCACACAAUAACUAUCAGGUCCUGACUUACAACACAGAUUUUAGGAGUCAAGAGAUCUCAGAAGUGAAGUAUGACAUAGACAAAGGUAUAAUCACAGACAGCCAUCCAGAGACAGUUAAAGUAACAGAAGUUUCCAACAACAGCAGCAGUAAAGUUACAAAAACAGUUACUUUUUCAGAGACGAUUACCUUGGUAAACAAAUGGGAAACCAGUGGCUCCUUCAGACUGGGUGUUCAAACUGAAAUUUCUGCACGAAUCCCAUCUGUUGUUGAAGGUAAGAUCACAGUCAGUACUGAGACUACACACACAGAGGCAAAAACAGGCUCAAUGACAAAAACAAAAGAGUUUUCUGAAACACUAAGCUUGGACGUUUUGCCAAAUAAGACAGCAAAGAUUUCCUUGGUGGCCUAUAAGUGCAAGCUCAACAUUCCUUUCACUGCAUGCCUCUCUCGCACAUACAGUAAUGGAAAAAAGACAAAAACAAACAUCAGUGGAACUUACACAGGUGUUGAAGUUGAUAAUGUUAAGGCUGUGAUUACGGACUGUUAGGUUGGGAUUGUGCCAAAGCUCCAGCAGGACAGUUACUGGAUACAGUUCCCCAGUUCAGUCUGUUGAUCAGGUUUGUACAGUUUGUAGAGUUCCUCUCCAACUAUAUUUUUUUCUGUUAGAGAAUCGUUCCCAGUGAUCUUUUAAUUAUGAUUAUGCAGUUUUUAGCUUAAAAAUCAAAAUACCUGCAUUUAAUGCAUAUUUUCUGCAGAGCAGCACAAGCUCAUUAGAAAUUCACUUUUGGGUUGUGGAAGGACUGCUUGCACUGAAGUUAGCCCUAGCUAAUUUACCAGCGUGCCUUUGUUUACAUUCUCUCCUGCUAGCAACAAGCACCUCACAAGCCCAAGCUUACAUUAACAUGGCAAAAAAAGGGUGAGCAAUAAUGGAGCUAUGCAGCCACAUAUACAGCGACACUGUUUAUAUUUGUCUCAAACUGAUGAUUUAGAAAUGGAGCGGACAUGGCGAGAGGUUGUCCUACCCAUGGAGCUUUUUCAAACAUCUGGUUUUCAUCUGCUCUUGAUCCAACAGGAUUUGAGACAUACUCAGAAACUCACUUUAAUUCUUAAAUUCUUUUAUACAUAAAACAACAUUCUCAUAGGAGUGGGUCUCUAAACCUGGUUUGCCUCUUGCCUCUGUGGCAGUCCAUUAUUAGUUCCCAGCAGAAACCCAUCCUGUGUCAGGCCACCUACUUAUCAGGAGAGGGGAGCUCCAGUCUCUUUGUGCCGCUCCUUAUCCUUUCAAACUUGGUCUUGAGUUUUUAUACUCUGGGGUUCAUAGAAAACAUCUUUUCUGUUUAUUAAAAUCCCUGCCUUUGUCCAAAAACAAAGCAAAAGGUAAACAUGUGACUAAGAAGGUCUAUCAAGGCCUUUGAACAGCCCCUACAGUUUGAAAUGCAGAAAUAAAGGUUUUAUGUUUGAGGUCAUUUUGUUAUUUUUAAAAGCAAUUUUGUUUCAGUUUGUAUGUUAAUAACCAGUUAAAGGUUUAUAGAACAUUGACACUGAGCUAAAAAAGUGGAGAAAUUACUGUUCAAGUUUGGAAGUAUAAAUAAUUCAGGUAGUUCUUCAAGGGUUUGCUCUGGGACCGCUUUCAUUUGACUUUGACUCAACCAUUUUGUCAAGUUUUACUCUUAAAGAUGAGGUGUUGGUUUUUGUUUUACCUUAUUAACAUGAUUUUAUCUGUGUCUUAUAUUGAUCUCAAUUUAUAUAUUUUUUUGCAUUUUUUGAGAGGAAAAGCAGAAUGUAUCCAUCUUGAGGUAAAUUUGCUUUUUUUUUAUCUGUUGUCGUGUGUUACGAGAAACCUGAAACUUUUACUUAUUGAAGGCUAACAUGGAUUGGUUUUUGUAAUACUCAAGAUUAUAUUUUUGCUUCAGUUCUGUUUUGAUCAAACUGCUUAACAUCUGCAUGUUUUGGACAUAAUCAUGUCAUUCUGGCUAUCACUUCUGAAUAAAAUUUAACUUUGACUUGAUUCCAAUU